UGUUUGUUCGCACGAGACUGAAAAGAAACCGAGAGUGAAAAGAAACCGAAACUUGGUCAGGGGGAUUCGGCUGUGGAGCACUUUAAAUUCUAACAAACAUUCGGCUGUACGUUUUGACAAAUAUGUUUUUAGAUGUUUAAUAUGCUAUGCCGAUUUGAAGUGUGAAAAUCAAUUUAAGGAAAAGGAGCUAUGAAGUUAUGACCUUAAAGAUGACGUCAGCUGUUAUGCUUUAGGCUAUCAUUAUUCAGGAAGACACAACAGCAUUAUCUAACAACAUGGCUACAGGUAACCACUUUGAGUGGCAGCUGUUUAAUGGACAGCAGUGGGUUUCUAUCGCUAAUGAUUUUGUCAUUGAGGCCCAUUACUGUCAGCCAGGGGCUAAUGGGAUCAGCAUCUACCUCAACAUGGGGGCCGCCCAUAUUGACUUUGACGAAAUGACAGUCGAUGGACCUCUUCAUAACCUUAGUAUACGGCGCAAUACGCUGCUCUCCGCUAACCAGAAACAGGAAGUAGGCUGGUACUACAAAGAUAACCAUCGCUGGUGUGAAUAUGGAUCUCAGGGAUUCGGUGGGAGAGCAUCCUCAAUUGGAAGUGAUUUUAUAGAGCAGCAGUACAACAGCAACCCAAGAGGCUCAGUCCAGUUUACUGCAGGAAGCAUGACUUACAGUGUGGACUUCAAUGACAUGACUCAAAUAAAUCUAUCCACAUACAUGUCGAGGAAAGUAAGACGGCGACCAAAAUUUAAUGCAAUAGUAACGCACAACAACAGUACAACAGCACAUCAAAACAGCUCACCACUUUUGGCAACUCCCUCUGCAAACCCAACAAAUUCUUCUUCUCAGUACAUCUGGGAGUUUAUGGGUGAUGAGGGUAUUUGGACCGAGUACCAGAAACCAGGAUGUUCAUUGGAUAGUGCAGAAAUCGAGAGGUUGUAUCAGCUCAACCCUCAGUGCCAAGUUUCAUUCACAGUCAGACGAUUCUCUUACACUCUUUACUUUGGUGGAAUGUAUCAAGUGAACAAUAAAUAUGGAACAAAAAGAGCUGUCAGGAGAGUUGCGAAUGGAAUCCAGCAAACAAACAGUGCAUUGUCACAAGCUCGCUGGCAGUUCAAAGACAUGGAUGGCAAAUGGAAGGAUUAUUGUAAAGGCGGUUCUCGGGGACAUUGCAGCGUGUCAAGUCAAGAUAUUGAAGCCGAGUACCAGCAGGACUCCACUGGGACAAUGAGUUUCAGGGCGGGCAGGUUCACCUAUGAGCUGGACUUCUCAGACAUGACCCAGACCAACCAAUCCACUGACACCAGGAGACCUGUACGCCGCCUUCAGCAAUAAGACCUCACUUGCCUAUUCUUACAUUUACUUGUAGCUAUAUGUGAACUCAGGACGCCGGUUUAUGCAAUGUCUGCAAGCUUCCCAGGAAUAUGUGAUAUGAAAUAUCGAAAUUAUGCAGUUUGUCCAUGCUUACCCAUGUGAAUAUAUUGUUUUAUUAACUGCCAUAAAAAAACUGUUCUCAUAGUGAUUAUGUGCUUUACCAAAUUUCUGUUUUUAUUCUUUUUACUGUGAUUCGAAGAUUGCAUGUGCAAGUAUCUUAUGAUUCAUGUUGACAUUUUUUUAUUUUUUCUUUAAAUGCCACUUUAUUUUACGGGAGUCUUAAUAACAUGGUUCCGACACUUACUAGCCAAUUAAUUUCCAUUGACUUUUCCAUUACUUAAAUGUUGAUUAUGAUUACGAAAUAUUUUGGAAACUAUCAUUGACUAUACAAAUUUACAAUCACUAUUAUCUUUACAAAAUGUUAUAUAUUAUUUUAUAUUUCUGUUUAUUCAAUAAUUUAAAUAUAUUUGUUAAUUCUCUUCAUAAACAAAGAAAUUUGUCCAGGUCACUUUUCAUGCUAUGCAUUAUUUUGUCAUGGCAAAGCACUCCCUUCCAGACUCUUUUUUUUGUUUUGUUUUUUAAUAAAAUCAGAAAAAAAUAAAAUAAAAUAAAAAUACAACUAUGGGUUAUAAGUACAACUUUUAUCACAUUUUUCCAUUUACUGAAAUGUGCUUAAUUGUCAUGGAAACAAUGUAAAGUUUCCACAAAUUAUACUUAAUUUGCUAAUAAAAAUAUGGUUUUGGGGUUCAUGAGAUCCACUAAUAAAUAUUUGCAAUGUCA